AUGGCUAAUACACCACCAUAUUUCAAUGGUGUUGAUACAACCAGCUGCGGUUAUUUUUACCAGAUUAUGGUAAAUUCUAGUAAUUGGAGUUUCAAAAAUUAUAUAGGUGGUUUUUCAAUUACUCCGUCUCGCGCUUCUUUUUGGUCAGCUAAAAACACAUCUUUUGUAACUUUUUCAAUGUAUGCCAUCAAUAUACUUUCAACAUUAAACUCACUAGACUAUACUGCUACUUUAAAUACUAUGACUUCUCAAGAAUCAAUUCCCAUCCCAACAUGUCAACCAUUUACAAAUUUCAGUUUAGCAGCUUCACCUGUUUUCCAACAGGAUAGUCGUUCAAUGCGAUUUGUCCAAUAUCUUAAAAUUAGCAAUCCGAUGAACCAAAUUAGACCAUCUCUAGGUGUACAAGCGCCAGGAUAUUGGAAUGAUCAAAAAGUUCAUUUGACAUCACCAUUCCCCUCCAAUUGGGUAGUUAUAUCAUACAAAGCGGCAAGCUUACAGAAUUUCAAUGGACAAAGUGGUACUAUUAACCCAACUACUUUAACUCAAAACACCAGUCCUAUUCCAAUGAAUAAUCCAUACAAUAAUGUUAGAACAACAGUAUUAGGUUAUAAUUCAAAAUCAAUUUCCAAAACAAAGCUAUUUGCUCAAAGUUUUGUUAUGAAUAUUGCCAAUUUGAAUUCUGCACUGGGUUUCGGUAAUAUGGCAUAUGAUGUUAUCUAUUAUCCAGUUCUUGGAAACAGGGCUAAUGCUACCUACCAUUUAUUUGUAAAUGCAACUGGAAGCUCUGGAGCUAUACCUCUGAAUCUCUUUGACCAAACAUACACUAACAAUCCAACGUUUUUUGGAUUUGCAACUUCUUUCACACUUGUAAAUGUAGGAAGCCCCCUAUCUUCGAUAGUACAAGAUAACACCGUCAAUUCUUUUAUCCUUAAUAUUAAUUUCGUUUUGGAUACAAUUGGUUUGUCACCGGUAUCCACCACAUACAGCAUCCCAAUCACCAACAAUAUGUAUUACCCAGUUGGAAUCAGAUCGGUGACAAACAAUGGAAUCAAUGGUGCUUCCUAUAAAUUCUCUUUCGAUUCACUCUACCCGAAUGUAACUUUCGUUGAUAAUGUUAUUGUCAAUUAUUACAGCAAGAUGAUCAGCAACAUGCCACUUUCAUUCACCUGGACACCAACUCCUCCAACAUUUUCUGGUAUUUCAAUAAUGAUUCAAAAUUUUCAAAUAUUCCCAGUUUCAUCAUUCACUUUUGUAGUUCGAUUGGAUAUGUUCAAUACACAGUUUUUCGGGGUUCAACAAAUAAAUCUUUACAAUACAUACUUAUAUGGAUAUCAUUUGGUAAAAGGAGACAUAAAUAAUGGAGUAUUUGAAACUGUUAUUGAUUGGUCUGGAGAGAAAUUUGACCAAUUCAUUUUCCCAACUUCGUAUUUCCCAAAGAGAGACAGUGGUAUCAGUAUGGAAAAUCAAGCAAUAAACGAUAUGUUCCAAUUUAUUCCAUAUUUACCUUCACAAUUAACACAAUUCACAGUUGAUGAUAUUACAUCAUUCAAAUUCGAACCAAAUGUUGUUGAUGUUUCCAAUGGAACAGGAUCAACAACACUUAUUUUCAACUUUGCAAACAGCAAAGUAACCGAUCGACCAUCAAUAUAUUUCCCAUCAUACUCACAUCUUCCAGGAAUCAUUGACACAAACAAUGUAUUCACUGGAUAUUAUAAUGCAUCAACAAAUAUGUUUAAUAUUCCAAUUACAAUCAGACAACAACUAUUUUCAAGAUCACUAAAUUACAAUUUAACAGCAGCACCAUCAUAUAUAUCAAGAGAUUUAAUCUCAUUAAAAUUUGGAUCAGAUGCUUUUAUAAAUGUUGUUUCAGAUUAUGCCGAUGAAAUGGGACCAAAUGUUGAAGUUCUUAAACAAUAUCCUGGAAAUACUGUCACUGUACAAGCAACUGAUGACGUUACAAUUGGUUGGGACUUUAUACUCAAUGAUAAACCAAGUGGAUUCAGUCAUGGUGUUGCAAUGAUUUCCUCAAAUCUCGAUAUUAUUCCAAUUAAUAUAACAUUUAAUUCUCUCAACAAUACCGAUGGUGAUGAGUUUUAUGGAAAUUACUCAAUUCGUUUACCGAUAAAUGGAAAUUGUAGAAGUCAAGUAUACCAUAUCGAUUUGGUUCUUUACGACUAUCUUGGAAAUGAAGCUGCCUCUAAUUAUGGAAACUCAAUCACACCAAGAUUAAAUCCAUUCUUUAAGUUGUGGGGUGAUUUAACCAAAGAAGCACUCACAAAUAUUACUGUGAAUUGUGCGAUCACUCCAGAUAUCAUGGCACCAGCAGUCACUGCUUUCACACUCCUCACACCAACGAUUGAUGUCGGUUCAAACAACAGAAUAUUCCAAGCUACUUUUACAGUCACAGAUGAUCUCUCCGGUAUCUCUACAAAUCCAAAAGACUAUCCAGUUGUUGUAUUAUCCUAUCUCUAUGGAGAGAAUACAAUUUUGACAAGCACUCUUUCUUCAACAAACGGAUUGUCCUCAACAUUCACAGUGAAUUCCCAACUUCCAUAUGGAUUUGCAAUGAAAGGAAAUUACUUGAUUUCAAUUUAUGGUGUUGUUGAUAAACACAAGAAUCUCGGUGGAAUUACAUCUUCAGAGAUGAAAACAGCAGGAAUGACAUACUUUGGAACAACAACAUUCGGUGUGACCACACCAGUUUUAGAGACAGCAGACCGUCUCACAAAUGUUGGAGGACCAAUCUACAUUCGUGGAAAGAAAAUGGGAUUCGAUUCAGAUACAGUCUCUUGUCAAAUCAACUAUGGAGCAGGAUAUCAGAGUAUUCCAAUGAAUCUUCGUUAUCCAUCUAUUUUCUUGAUCAAUGUUGCAGCUGUUACUGGUUCAUCGAUUAAAGUUCAAUUGACUGUGAACGGUAUUGUCUCGAAUGAACUUGAAAUCUUCAAGUUUGUUAUUCCACCACCUGGACCACGUCCACCACCAAGACCAACUCUAACUCCUACUUCAACCUCCACAAUCUCAACAACUGGAACAACUUCAACGACAGGAACAUCAACAUCUACAACAUCACCUACCUCCACUACAGAAGAACCAACAUCUACAAGUUCUACUACUUCAACGACAGGAACAUCUACAUCUACAACAUCAACUUCAACUUCGACAACAACAAGUACAACAUCAACACCAAGUCCAUCACCAGAUCCAAAAUGUCCAGGUGUAACUCCAUGUUCUGGAAAUGGAAUAUGUAUUGCAGGUGAAUGUUUUUGUAAUAAUCCUUGGUAUGGACCUGAUUGUAAUUCGAAGAAUCAUGUUAUUCCACCUCCACCAAUCAAUCCUGAUCAACCAACUAUAAACAAUACCAUUCCAUCAGGAAGUGAUGCACUAGCAUAUAUUGUCAGUAUUAUAUCAGUUGAAGAACUUCAUGAGAUUUCUGCCAACCAAGAAGUGAUUGCAUCUUUCAAACUUGCCAACUGGACAAUGACCAAUUUAACAACGGAAACACAAUUCCUCUAUCGAUAUGAUGUUUCAGUUAAAGAGUCAACCAAUAUCACAGUUGAUGUAGAAUACUUCCAGAAUGAAACAACAAUUGUGUUUGGAAAUGAGAACCUCACAAUGUUACCUUCAACAAUCAAAUAUUCAAUCUCGAUGACACCUUAUCAAUUCCAAGAUAAACUUACAACACUUCAACUUAUCAUGUCAGCCACUAUCGAAACAAAAGCAGAUGAUACAUGCUCAGCGAAAACAAUUGGUGGUGCUGCCAAUGAUCUCCAAUGGGUCAAAUUGAAUAUCGACAAGCAAUCACUUUAUGGACGAUUCCUUAGAUUUGCGGUGAUUGAUAAUAUUGUUCAACCAAUCUCCAAUGUCUUGCUGGACUCUGAAAUGAGUCCAAUCGAUACAGAAUCAAGUGUUCAGACAUUUAUUGGUAUCAAUAUCCCACAAUAUGAAAAUGGAAUUAAACUCGAUCCCGAUUUUUCAGUUCUCAUUGAUAAUGAUUCACCUACAGAUUCGAAAUGUAAGAGUAAUAAUAAACUUAGUGCUGGUGCAAUCGCUGGAAUCACUGUUGGUGCUGCUGUAUUCUGUGCAUUGGUAAUUGGAGCUGCCUUUUUGAUAAAAUCAAAGUUAAGAGCAAGAAGAUUCAAUAUCAAAUUGAAAAAGAAACUAGAUUCACAUAAAUAA